UAAAUUUUAUUACAUUGCCGUGGCCUAAAAAAACCACUAAUAAUGGGUAAAGGAUUCAAUAAUUUCAUGUGCAAAAAGUUCUUCCAUCCCUCCUCAAGAGAUAACCUAAAGCGUGUCUGGAUGGCCGAACAAAAAGCGGAAUCGUACAAGAAAAAACAAGAAGAACUCAAGCAACAAUACGAAAAAGAACAAAAUCUUCACGACAAUAAAACUAUCUUGAAUAAAGAAAAUAAGGACAAACUGGCUGUAAGCUUCAUGUACGAGCCUCCACCAGGAACCCGUAAGGAAACCCAAAAAGAACCGGAAUACAAAUUCGAAUGGCAACGAAAAUACAACGCUCCAAGAGAAAGUUACUGCAUCGGAGAUCAAGAAAUCAGAGAUCAACCGUUCGGAAUCCAAGUGCGAAACGUCAGGUGUGUAAAGUGCCAUAAAUGGGGUCACAUUAAUACAGACAAAGAGUGUCCUAUGUACAACUUAUCGAUGUCUACAGCGAGAUCGUUUGAAAAAGAUAGACAAGAUUUGGUGGACCGCAUGCUUGAGGAUGGUCUGGCUUUGAAGAAACGAUACGUGAACACUGUGGAAGCCGAUUUAUUUGUCCAUGAAAAUGAAGAACACAAUUUUUUGAAAACUCUGACGAGGAAGCAGAAGAAGGCUUUGUUGAAGAAGUUGGAGAAAAUUGAAAAGCGAGAACGAGCUGAGAAGAAUAAAAAGAAGAAACGUAGUAGGAGUAUGACAGAGAGUGAUGGCAAGAAGUAUAAAACAAGGGCUGCAAGAAGUGAUCAUAAGCAACAUUCUACAAGAGAAAAACAUCGCCAAGUGAAUUGUGAUAGUGAAAAAUACCAUAUGAAAAAAGUUAGACAUUAGAAAGUAUUGUUUAUUCAUAUUAGCUUAGUUUGGAACCUGUUUCUCUUAUUUUAUGAAAUAUAGUUAAUUUUCCUACUGUGACAUGCU